CGGCCGGCAGGGGGCGACGGAGGGGCGGGAGCAGCUCUCGGGCGCCUCCUCCCUCUCUGCCUGCCUUUCUGCUUGCCAUUGCCUCCGGACCCCCUCCUCGGGGACUCUUUCUCUCGGUCCGGACAGCUGCAGGAGCGACCAUGCCGAGCGCAGCGGGUCCGGCGUUGGUGGGCUUCCUCCUGGCCCUUUUCGUGACCGGACAGGGCGGCGGAGCAGGAGAUGACGUUUGGGUGGUGGGGGAACGUGGAGGGGAAGUGACCCUGAAGUGCCAGAACCCAUCGUGGCAAGCGGUCCAAGUGGCCUGGUUUGAGGGAGAACCGGGCACCAUCCCCAUCCUCUUGUCCUCAGAGGGUGAUCUCCCUUCUGACAAUCGCUUCUCUUUACUGGGAAACACCUCCUUGCACAUCUCAGGAUUGCGCUGGGAAGAUGAAGGCAACUACACCUGCAUGACAACUCUGAACGGGAUAAGCAGCCUGCACAGGGUCGAGCUGCUCGUAACCGAUGGACCUAAUGAAGUGAAUAUCAGCAUCUCCCCCACUGUGGCAUUGCCAAAUGGCACACUGUAUGCAAAGAGACAUGAUGUCCUCAACUUCACGUGCACCAGCGACUCCUGGCCUAUGCCCACAACUGAAUGGGAUUUCAGUUCCCCACGGGAGGUGUUCACAGAGGUCAAUGGCACCCGGAGCUCUUUUAUCCUCCAUGACAUUUCACCCAGGUACCAAGGGAAUUACUCAUGUUUGGUCAUCAACUGGAUCAGUUCGCGCCAUCAGACUGGGACCCGGGAACUCUUGGUCUAUUAUCCCCCUCCAUCAUUACCCCAAUGCUGGGCACAGACCCUCACAGAAGACUAUGUAGGGGUGCAGCUGUUCUGCAGCUGGACUGGGGGCUACCCUCAUUCCACUGUAGAGUGGACAGACCCAGAGAACCAGAACUGGACUCUUAGUACGACUGAUGGAGUAGACUUUGCUGUGGUGACACUGAACCAUGCACAAGUGCUCCACGGGAAGACGUUUGAGUGCCACGGAAGGCACAUUCUGAAUGAGGAGAACCAAGCUUGCACCAUCCAAUUGGAAAGACCUGCAGUCAUGUCUGACCCACUGCGGACCUGCUUCGCAGGAGGAACUGCCAUUCUGACCUGCCAGUCAACCGCUGGCAACCCGCCAGGCCAAAUCACCUGGCUACGCAAUGCAUCCCAGCCCAAGGCUACGAUCCAUUCUGGCGGGAGGUUUCUCGUCAACCAAGACGGCAACGUCUCCACCCUUGUCAUCCAGAACUGCUCCCAAGCCACAGACCAGGGCUACUACAUCUGCAAGGUUGAGAACCCCCUGGGGAUGAAGGAGGUGUACCUUCAACUCAUCGUGGCCAAGCCAACGAAGGUUGCAAUCGUUUUGGGAGCCAUUGUCAUCCUAUUGCUUGUGGGCAUUCUGGUCAUUUCUGGAAUCAUCAUAUUUGCUGGACCCCAUUUGGGCCCCAAAGCCUACAUGCGCAGGAAUCGAGGUGGAAGUGGCAUCCUUGUACUGAUGGACUCAGAAGAAAAUCAAACAAUGGAAGCAACUGAGGAGCCUGCUUUUUAUCGGAGCAUGCGAAAUGACAGUCCUCCAAGGUUUUCUGGAAACUCCCUUGUGAGAGUGUCUGCUGAAAUUUCGCUGCAUGAGAUCAAAAGAGAAGAAGAACACACCGCAUAAAGGGAGUUCUCCAUAUUCUAUGUGAAAAACCAAGCCGCCCUCGCCAGAUGACUCCAUCCAGACCUAGGCCAGGAGGAACUAAUCCUUUUGGCAGCCAGCUCGUGCAGUGCUCCAAGUCAAGUUUCGAUCUUUUGCUUGUUUUGUCCUACAUGUUGUGGCUCUCCUGCUUUUGAUUCUUUCCUCUGUCUUUGUGCUGGACAGGGAGUUUGUAACUUCAAACCCACAAUACGGGAAACAAGUCUAGAUGAGGAGGACAGGAGUACAGUGGGUUCUUCAUUUAUAGCAUGAUAAUAGAAUCAAGAUGAUUUAGGAAUGAGCUUCAGUGGGCAAGAAAUACCUUGAGCACCAGGAAAGGCUGGAGAAAAAAAGGGGGUGGGCUUAUAUAUCUUGACCACAGUCCCAUUUGUCUCAUAGGGAUUUUUCUUGGGAACUGUAGUGGAUGCUUCCUUGUCUGUUGCAUCAUCAUGCGUAUUUGCAGGUGAAUGGAAGCAACCAGAAGGGCUUUAUUUCUCUUGUGGCCAUAAGCAAGCAACAGAUGCUUAAGAUCCUCCCUUUUGAGUCAGAUUCUCUCUUCUGGGACCUUCAGCACUAGAUGAAUAUCAAGAUGAGGGAGUGCUUCAAAUAAUAAGAUGGUAGAGUGAUGCAGGAAGACAAAUCCUUGGAAGAAAUUUGAGUACAGUUUAGUCUGGAGAAGAGAUCAGUGACAGCUCUCUUCAAGUACCUAAACCAAUACCAUUCCCCUCCUAAUCAUCCUCAGCUGGUGCAUGGCAGCAAUUUUGGGUACCACAAUUUAAGAAAUAUAUGAACAAAUUGGGGCAUGGAAAGCAAAUCAUGUCAAGCUGCCAUGUUGGGAGAAAGGUGGGAUAGAAAGAAAGGAAACAAAUGAAUAAAAUAAGGUUGGAGAAAGCUUUUUAGCUUGGAAAAGGAAGUGGAGAGACAGUGGCCAUCUUCUGAUACCUGUGGGAGUGUCUCAAAAGAGAGCAAGGAUAUGUUUAAGAUGGCAGAACUAGAUUGAAUGGCCAUUAGAGAGGAGGGCUUUUGGCUGAACAUUAGGAGAAAUCUCUUGAGAGUGAGAGCAGACUGAGAAUGGAACUAUUUGUUUAUAAGGUGAGGUAGCUUUCCCUUGUUGGAAGUCUUCAAGAAGGUGCUGCUAAGCAAUUUUUUAGGUACGCUUUAGUUCAGGACUACAAAUACAUACAUACAUACAUACAUACAUACAUACAUACAUACAUAUCUCUCACCUUGUCCCAUAACUAGUAGAAACAUGGGGGAUUACAAAUGGAAGACUCACCUUGUAAACGUCUGUAAGUCAGGGAACUUAAUGCACUUCAUUUACAAGCACCUUUGUCGAAAUUCUGUCAUGUUAUACUUACAUUAUACAACACUACCCUUGCAAUUCUAGCAGGUACUAUUGAGCCAACUUUGGUUGUGAAAGGGGUUCUUGAAAUAUGAAAUUUGCUGCUAUUUUAUUGACCAGAGUGAGAAAGUUUUGCCAAUCUGUAAAAGACCAGUAGGUCCUGAUUUACCUCAGUAGGUUUUAAAUUGUAACUCAGUUGGAAAAAGAAGGCACAAAUAUCACUCAAUCAAUGUGACCUGUCCCCUUCAAGGAUGUAAUGUGUCUAACAGUUAUACUGGCUAAGGCAAAGUGGGAGUCCUUUCUUUACUUGGGAUAUAUUUUGUUGUAGAACCCACCUAGAACUAAACCUACGCUAUGUGUGCAUUUGACAACAAAACGCCUGUGCCAUGACAAGCAAUGCAAUCGCUUGCUCCAUUUGUGGAUUUUGUAACAUGCCAAAAUGGUAAAGGGGGAAAUGCUCUUAACAAAUUGAUUGCUUUUUGCCAUGGGGUAGCCAUUUUGCCCCAGGUGAAUGAGUGAUGGAGAUGAUUUUCCUUGAAAUGAUGUAACUGUGGCUGUGACUUUUUGCUUAAAGAAUAAAAAAUAUGUGUUUGAAUGACAA